GUCCGAGCAUGACAUCUACUUAAAACAUCCCCCCCCAUGCUGACUACCUUGCUUUUGGACUGUGGCCAGAUGCCGUUUGAACCCACCCUCGUUUGACCUUAUUCAGGCCUAUCAUUCUAUAGACCCUCAUCUGAUAUCGGAAAAGAAACAGGGAAGAAGGAAAAGACGAAGACGAGGAGCAAUGUCCGCUCAAGAGGACUUCAUCGUCGAGGCGUUCACCCUCCUCGCCCUCGCCGUCCUCUUCAUCAUACUCCGCAUGGUCUCCCGAUGGAUCAUCACCGGUCCCAAGAACUUCCAAGUCGAUGACUACCUGAUGCCGCUGGCCGCCGUGGUCUACGGGUUUGAGACAGGGGCCGCCUACUGCGUCGGUGCCUGGUGGCACGGACUCGCCAACAAUGCCAUGACCGACGACCAGCGCAAGGCGCUCUCGCUCACUCCCGAGAGCCCGGAGUUUGCAAUGCGCGUGGGAGGGUCCAAGACGCAGGUCAUCGGGUGGUCUCUGUAUACGUCGUUGUUGUGGUUGCUGAAGGCUUGCAUGGCUGUUUUUUAUUCGCGAUUGACAAUCGGCCUGGUCAACAUGCGUCGUCGCAUUCACAUCGCAUACGUUAUGAUCGGCGCAAGCUACAUCGCCGUCAUCUGCUCCAUUCUGUUCGGCUGCUUUCCCAUGCACAAGAACUGGCAGAUCUAUCCCGACCCAGGGAACUACUGCCAACCGGCCGUGUCUCACAUCGACGUCUACGUGACGGUGGUUCUGAACGUCUUGACAGAUAUUUACCUGAUUUCGAUUCCGCUGCCGGUCCUCUUCAAAGCCCGCCUCCCCAUCCGCGAAAAAUGCGAACUCCUCCUCAUGUUCAGCGGAGGUAUCUUCGUCAUGACAGCCGGUAUUCUCCGCUGUGUGUUGAUCGUGACUGCUGGCGCAGACGGCGCCCAACAAGCCGGCAGCUGGGCCUGCCGCGAGACCUUCGUCGCCGUCAUCAUCGGCAACCUCCCCAUGGUCUACCCACUCAUCCGCCGCGGCCUGCGUCGCGCCGGCCUGGUCGUGUCCUCCCACGGACCCAGCUCCUACGGUCGCAACUACGAGCUGUCGGGGGCCCCGGGUGGGUACUCGUCGACGGCGCACAGCGGAAAGAAGAAGCGGUUCCGGCACCCGUUGGCGCAUGGGGAGUCGAACUGGCAGACGAUCAGUGGGGAGGAGCGGUUGGUGGGGGGCAAGGGGCUAGACGCUCCUUACGACGGACGGGGCAUUAAAGUCGUGAAUGAGACGAUUGUGGAGAGGGAAUGAUUUUGCCCCUCUCUCUUUCUCCCCCUUUUCUUUUAUUUUUGACUACAUCUUUCUCUGGUUUUUGUUUGCGGUUAUCUUAGAUGUUAU